AUGAAGAAGAAGCAGAAACAACAGCAGCAGCAGAGGCAGAGGCAGCAGCAGGUGCAGCAGCAGCAGCAGCAUCAGCAGCAGAGGCAGGGCAAGGCGCCAUCUGAGGCAGAGUCGGAGACAGAGCGUUGCAACAAUUCGCGUCGUAGUAGCGCCGCCAGCAACAACAACAAAUAGCAAAAACUGAGCAGCGUUCGGCA